AUGUUUGAGUGUUUAUCACAGUGGUGGCCCCAGUCUGUGAUAACCCAGGCUCUUGUUGUUGGGAUAGUGGUUGGACUCAUCGCCUAUAAUCUCUCCAAGAAACGAUACAACUUGCCGCCAGGACCUAAAGGAUGGCCAAUAAUAGGAAACCUUUUGGUUUCAGGUACUCUCAAAGCAGUUAUUCUGAGUCGAAUAGAUGUUGUAACGGAAGCUCUCAUUACAAGACAAGCAGACUUCGCAGGAAGGCCGGAUACAUAUGUUGUAUCUAAAUUAACCGAGGGAGGAAAAGACAUAGUCAACGCAUCGUACGGCCCAAGAUGGAAGUUGCACCGGAAAAUUGCAUCCAAAGCGCUCAGGCACUAUCUAAUGGGAGAUAACCUCAGCCGGAAAGUGUCCCAAUCACUCAACAUCACUACAACGUUGAUGAGAAAGGAACAAGGAGCCUUUGAUCCUUUCCCCUACCUGUCACUGUCGAUCUCCAACAUGAUGACAGGAAUGCUGUUCAAUAAAAUCAGUGAAAAUGUAGACUCUGAAUACUAUAAAGCGUACGUCGUCACCCUGGACGAUUUAAUGAAAGAAGCUGGAGAAGGAUUUCUGGAAGAUUCAAUUCCCCCGCUUCGUCUGUGCCCAACGCCUAGAUUCAGACGUGUUACUCGAGUCACCGAUAAACUAUUAGAUUCCAUCAAGAAAGAAAUUGCAGCCCACAGAAAAACGUUCAACAAAGAUGAGAUACGGGACUUCACAGAUGCGUUGAUACAGGCUCAGCAAGAAGCGGAGGAAGGGGACGAUCCUGUCCUCAUGUCACAGAUUACAAACACACAUAUGGCCAUGACAAUCUUUGACUUAGUUUUCGCUGGUACAGAAACCUCAAGGAACACGCUCCACUGGAGUCUCCUGACAAUGGCCCUCCACCCUGACAUUCAGAAGAAGGUGCACCAGGAGGUGGACUCCGUUCUUGGUCCUGAUCUGAACGUGCACGUUUCGGACAGGGAGAACUUGCCAUACACCGAUGCAGUGAUACAUGAGGUCAUGAGGUUGAGGACAGUCGUUCCCACUGGCGUUCCUCACUCCACCCUGUGCGAUACCACAGUUGGUGGAUAUGAUCUUCCUAAGGGAACAAUGGUGAUGAUAAACCACGACGCUUUGCACUUUGACCCUGACCAAUGGGAGGACGUCAAUACGUUCAAACCUGAGCGAUUCCUAGACUCAGAUGGCAAGAUGGGCCCCAAGCCAGAUAGCUGGCUUCCGUUCUCUGCCGGAAGGAGAGUCUGUCUUGGUGAGACUGUUGCAAAACCCGAGAUUCACCUCUUUCUUGCUGGGAUCAUGAGGGUAUUUACCAUAUCACUCGCCCCUGGGACACAGCACGACUUUGAGCCACAGAGUACGGGGGCUGUUAAUGCUCCUGGGAGAUAUAAAAUUGUCAUGAAAUCGAGAAUUUAAGGUAGUGAUUUGUGUUCCAUAGAUAUACUAUACGAACAAUUAUAUCAUUGGAUUCAUUCUUUAGCUAGCACAACCAACACUUCAUUGAUGUUUAUCUUUGGUCAGUUUAUAUUUUUCAUGUAUUUUAAUCAUUACAUAAAUCUUAAGUCUGAUCUUCAGUAAAUACAAUGGUCAAAAGUGACAAACUGAACGCUAACCUUGCAAUAAAUGACACCUGUGUUUCAUAUCUACUUCUGUGUGUAAAACGUGACAAAGACUCUCAUGACAAGAGGGAUGACUUCACGGCUAUUUUGCCCUUACAACAAACAGAAUAUCUUACUGGGGAUAGCUAAGACUGGGUAUUCUUUAGCACUGACGUUAUAUCUUAACAGCUUUCUCAAAUCUAUUGUA